AAGGCAUUCAGUCGUUGGUUCCCUACAAGCAAACAACUAAAUUUAAUUUUUUAAUUUAAGUUUUACUUCUCUCCCCCACACAAAACUCACAACUAUGAACUCCUUCUCCGUGUUCUUGGUGUUUGCAUUGGCAGCACUGGUCGUUGCGGAACCACCAUCAGGAUAUAAUUAUCCGCGAGGCGGCGGUGGCGGUGGCUCAUUCGGCGGUGGCUUUGGUGGUGGCUCACUAGGAGGUGGUUCAUUCGGUGGUGGUGGCGGCGGCGGCGGCGGCUAUCAAGCCGUCAGCGGUGGCUUCCAAACAUCCGAAGGCCAGAAUGUCGAUCCUCAGCUAUUGGAACAAGUGCGCCAAAUUCUGCUGAAUGAGGAGAGCAAAUCCAGCUCAGGCGGCGGUGGCGGUGGUGGCGGCGGUGGCUAUCCAUCCGGCUCCUACGGCCCACCGUCCGGCUCAUAUGGACCACCAUCAUCGUCAUAUGGUGCGCCUGGCUUCGGUGGCGGUGGCGGCCGUGUAGUCGGCAUCGAUUUGGAGGGUGUACGCCAGGCCAUCCAAGUGGCGCAAUUCGCACAACAGAGCACGCAAGCUGGCGGUGGUGGCGGCUUUGGCGGCUACCCAAGCGCACCAUCUGGCUCGUAUGGUGCCCCAUCGAGACCAAGUGGCAGCUAUGGCGCGCCCUUCUAAGGAGGUGCAGGAUGUGUGUCGUUUUUAAUUACGUUUUAAUGUUAGCUAAAAACAAAUCGUCGUCGGUCGUCUGUGACCAGGUAGAUGAGUAACAAAAAGGAAAAAGAUACAUUUAUAGACCACGAUCCUCAGCCAAUCAAUAUGCCAAUCAAUGAGCAAACAAUGAAAUAAUCAACCAAUCAAUCAAUGAAACAAACAACACGCUGCCAAAUAAAUGAAAUUGAAGUUGAAAAAGAGGAAGAUGAAGCAGAAGAUGAAGAUACAUAGAAACGAAUGAUGAAGAUGAGGCGAUUCGAAGCAUUGGUUACAAUGAAAGCAAAAACUGAAAGUGAAAGCGUUUCGAAAAUAACGUUAAUGAACAGCAACUACAACAACAACAACAAUGCCAGACACAACAACAACAACAUCAACAACGCCACUCAAUGGAUAAUUAGACAAUCACGGAUGAAGAAGCGACAUUAGCAACAACAACAAUAACGCAACAGUCAGCCAACACAGCCAAAGCACGCAGUGUUGCUCUGCUGUCUGUGGCAACAUUGUUGCGCAUUUGUUGCUGUGACUAAAUGUCUCGAAACAUGUGUUGAAUAGAGACGUGUAGAAAAUAGCGAAACAUUCUACAGGAUUUUCUUAUUUCGAUUUCAUGCUGUGGCCCGCACUCACGCAGCACCGCCCACCACAACUGCCAUCAAGAACACAGCCAGCCAGCCAGCCAGCUAGCUAGCUAGCUAGCGCAAACAACAACGUUGGAGCAACAACAGCAGCAGUUAGCUCUGCAGCGACCUGCGCUAAAACACGCAUCAACAACUUGUAGGGUAAUUCUAAUUCCACUGCAACACCGAACACCAAUUAGCCAUUCAACCAGCACCAACACACUGCACCGCAAUCGUGGAAUGGUUUCCGUUGUGUGGAUUUUAGGGUGGUGCAGUUGUGGCCGGUGUGUGGUGGUGUGGGCCGUCAGUGAUAUUUCGUUUUCAUUUUUCAAGCGAUCUCGCUCUUUCAUAUAGUCCAUUACGCCCCCCCAACUAUCUCCAAAGUAUUUU